GUUCCCAGUGAGAGCCAACCAAUACCAGCUCUCUGUCUCUCCAAUCUGGAUACCAGUACUCAAGAAGUUCUUAGCAGUGUUUUUUCCAUCUACAAGUCAGAGUUAUCAAAAGUGGAGAGUAAAUCCUUGGACGUUGUCAGUUCAUCUGAUGACUCCCUAGAGGCUUGUUGGUUUGUUGAUGGUGUCCUAUCAGAGCUUGAUGACUAUACUAUUUCCCAGUCACCCUCACCCAAUGAAGACUUGAGUGUGAGUACUCAAUGUUCUCAACUGAGCUCAGAAGAGAGUGUCAGAAUCACACAGUCCUCUACUAGUCUGAUUCAGAGCAUUAAGAAGCUCUCUAGCAAUGACUUUCAGACUCAGGCAGAAGAGGCAGUGAGUAAAGUGCUGAUGAGAUCCAGUCAUUCCUUUAUCACACAGAUCAGCCAUACUGGUCUUCAGAAAGGUCCGCAGGCUGGCUUAUCAUCUAGCUCGCCGUCAGAGAUUGCCUCCAUGUCCUCUCAAAAUACAGCCUCUGGAUUAGUGGAAACCUUUGUCAAAGGAAUGGUGACUAUUUUCCAGAAGAAUUUGUCCACUGGCAUUGUGCUACUGGAAAGAAGUGGGAAAGUUUCGCAGUGCUCCCACGAGGGCUCCCAACUGGAUGAUACUGAACUGAGUGUUAAAAUAUCAGAGGAGAAGCUUUGGUCAAGAGCUAAGACCAUCUGUGUCAGUAUGAAGAACACACUUAAGGAUUUCUUCACAGGGCUGAAGCCAUCCGGAUCCGAAAGGACAGAAAAUGCUUCUUCCAAAGAGACCCUUGGGGAAAUCCUGGUUGCUAUCCAGAGUGAAAUCUCAAACUUAGGGCGAAUGAAGGAUUCCAGGGAGCUCCUUCAGAUCAACGAUAUGGUAGGAACUAUGCUGAAGGAGGUUGAGAAAAGUGAGGAUGACAGUGAAGAAGUCUGCCAAGACAUCCCUAGAACCUGUUCAUCUUUGUCCACUUCUUUAAAGGGUCGUAGUUCCUUGUCCAGCUCUUCAAAGGGUCCUAGGUCAGAGUGUGAGUUAGAGAUCAACCUCCCUGGCACUCCCAUCCCUGACGAAGUGCCUUUUGAUCUGACCUGCCCCAUAGUCAGGAGCUCCUGCAUCGACAUCAGGGACUCUAAAAUGCCAGAGAUUUCUACAGGUGACCUAAAGACAAAGAUGAUGGCGCACACAGAUGAACCCCUGCAUCGUAACAGUCCAAUGACUGACAGCAGCCGACCACCGAGUGCUAAAGCCUCUUUUCGUUCAUCCACUCCGUCUUUCACCAGCAAGGGAACCUCUUUGGUACCAAAGGGAGAUGGGAUUGACAUUGAAGAGAAGGAGGUGUGCAUCCCCAGCAGCUCUGGCCAUCUGAGGGAGCUCUUAAUCACCCCGGACAUCAGCAGUGCCACUGCAUUCCUACUGCACUACUUGAUGGACUCCAGCAAAGAUGAUGUCAUGUGUUUGGUCACCAUACUGGUGAUACGGUUGCUAUCGAAGAUCAGACCCUCAGCCCUAGAUGGACCCUCCCAACAGGCAGCAGACAUGACAGAAACAUCUCAGCAACUCAUCAGACAAGUCCUGUCUGAGUUCUGUGCUGCAUCCAGAUUCUCCAGGACACAGGCAUAUUCCCAGAACCUGCACAUCCACAGGGUGUUCAGAGGUGUACAUAAAAACCUCAUGGAGGAGUUUGGCUCUUAUAACACCCUGCAAGCAGCUAUUUCCUCCCAGGACCCUGCAUUUGACAGAGUCCUGGUAAAGUCCUUGACCCAGCAGCUGGUACAGGGAUGCAAGGAGGCGUCAAGACCAGCUUCUGCUGCAACAAACCCAUCAGACCAGGCUGAGACAGAGAGGGGGGCUGAGCAGAAAGCAAGAAGGAGCUUCCUUUGCUUUUCAAUGACCAAACUCAGGAUCAACUUCAAGCGUUCCAAGAGAGGAAACAAAAAGGACUGCCAUUCAGUCCAGGAACAGACUGAGAUUCCCUCUACUGAUGGACAUUGCAUAGCUCCAGUUGGAGAGGUUUCUCCCUCCAUAUCUCAGCCUAUCAAAAAACGAUCCUUGAUUGUCAGGGUCUUUUCAGCAAUGAUGAAGCCAUUCAGGCGCUUCACCCAGAAGAACCUGUAACCUGUUACGCUGCAUGAACAACUACUUUUGGAACAGCAAGACUUUUGACAAGAGGAAUUUCUGCAUGUUUACCCUUUCAAAGUCUAUUUGAUCAAAUAAAUGCAAAUUAUUUUACAA